CUGAAAGUAAGCUUUAGUAAACAAGGGCGACUUUUUUUACUUAUUUAUUUUUAAUCGAUUUGUGGUCGACUGAGGACAAAUGCCACCCAGAACCAUCAAAGCGGCCAUCCAAGACGCGCUGGAGGAUCUGCCGGAGAAGAAGCUGGAUAAAUUCCGCUCGGCGCUGCUGGACCGGAGGGAAGAGCCGCGCGUAAAGAUGAACUCCGUGGAGGGAAAGGACUACAUCACCAUCGCACAGGUCCUGGUGUCCACCUUCACAGAGCCGAGAGCGCUGCGGAUAACUCUGGAGCUGCUGAGGGAGAUCGGCUGCAGCGAAGAGGCGGAGAGACUCGAGCGCGACUCAAAGGCAGUAUCUUCGGCGUCUGCUUGCACCCAGGGACCCUCGGCCGGAGCAUCUGCCGGACGGUACAUGUCAGGAGACAAGCACUUUGUGGAUAAGCACCGCACUGCACUGAUCCAGAGAGUGAGCACGGUUCCAUCUCUCCUGGACGAGCUGCUCGGCAGGGGGGUCAUCAAACAAGAGGGUUACAACACCAUCAUGGCUCAAGCUACCAGCCAGGCUAUGAUGAGGGAGCUCUACAAGGGGCCCCUGAAUGCCUGUGGCUCCAGUGGCAAAGAUAUUUUCUAUGAAAUUCUUGAGGAAUUGGAGCCAUUCCUCAUUUCAGACCUCAAGAAAUUAGGAUAAUGAGAUUAAAAACACAGAGCGCAUUUUUUAAAACUGUUUUUAUAUGCCAUGCUGAACCCCCUUUUCCAUAUAGUAUACUUUAAUAUACUGUAAUUUUUCCAUCAUGCUGAAAAGAGCCUAGCCUUUUUAUAUGUUUAUUAGAGAAUCAUGUCAGAAAUUAUUCACACCAUCGGAAAAAUUCGUUCUGAACCCUCUUUUUCAUUCAGUAUAUUUUAGUAUACUAUAAUGUUUUCAUCAGAAUUUAUUCACAAAGGGUGCAGCGGAAGUUUUCGUCCAAGGAAUGACCAUCAUGCAUGUCCGUUAUUUAACCCUCGUGAAUUUGCACAGAUGGGCUAUUGCAAAUUAAAAAAUGUGGUUUUAAUUUUUGGAUUAUACCAAUAAACCAAAGUAUUUUACCUUGA